AUGAACUGUGUGCGCGCUGGCAGGGCGUUCGGGCAGGAACGCGGUAACCGCCCCCUGCACUUCGCUCGGAUUUAUCCGCGCAACGCCCUGCGAGGGGGGUGCUGUUUCUCCUCGGGGUGUGAACGAGAAAAACGAAGCUCCGAGGGCAAGGAGACCCUCACGGGCACACACGUCUCCACGCAGCGGCAGAGCGAGCUUCGGAACCAGCUUGGUUGGAGCGGUCUCCUCAUCGGUAAAAGCGGGUGCCGGCACGCAGUGCCCAGCUGGGCCAGCGGAGGCGAGGAGCGGUGGGACAGCAUGCGGAGGGGGCCGCUGGCCGGGACCUCGCAGCGGGAGAUCCGGCGAUCCGCCGCCUCCCACCACCCUUUCCUGGAGUCUGAGAGGACCCCCGCCCCCGGAAGGCACUGCUGCCCCACAUACACGCGCGACGGUGUAGGACAUCUCAGGGUGGCGCGCAACGGGGCUUUCUGCGGGAGCCCAGGUGCAGAAGCCCCCCCCCCCACCCGACAGUCUGUUGGGGUUCGAGACCCUCCUUCCGGGGGACCUGAUCCAAGUGAAAGCCGCUCGGUCAUUCGAGAGCUCCAGAGCGCUCCAUCCGCAAACUGGGCAGGUGCAAGGGUGCCUCGGGACGACCUGGUACGUGGACCGCCAGCCUGGGCCGCCCCAGGCGCCCCCACCCCAGCCCGGGAAAUCGCAUCCCCGCCCUCGCCCCCUCCGGGAGAGCACAGUUCGGGGUCUCACAUCAGUCCUUACUCUCCGGACUCCAUCUCCCCACCAGGGCAGAGCAUCACCGGCUACGUGCCCCCCCACCCCCACCCCGCAUCCUGGUCGCCACGAAAGGUCUCCCUGUUCCCCUCUCCUAGAUUUCAAGGGAAGUGCAGAGAAGGAAGCCUAAAUAAAAACAGGAAACCCGAUUUUAAAAAAGAAGAAGCCUCAUUCUGGCUGAAUUACGGGAAAAACAACAGGUCCUCCUGCCGCCCGUCUGCACCCCCCGCCCUCCCCCCCUUCCCCAAAUCCGCACCCCGUCUGCGGCUGGAGGGGCAUCAUCCCAGGUGUGUCUGUAAAGCUGCAUCUUGCCCGUCUUCCAAACAAGCGUUCUUUUUAUACAAAGGAAAACAACUAAAUAAAGGUCCUAAAGCCCACGCCUUCACAUUCACACACCAAAGAAUUUCCACGCUGGCCGGAGGAAGGCUGGAGGGCGGGAGACGGAGGCGGUGGCUGCAGCUCUUGGCACCCGGGGAGUCCCCCCAUCCCACCCCGCCCCGCCACCCGCCGAGAACGCCGUCGCUGGGCGCCAGGGAGGGUACAUGAGGCCUGGGAGACGAGACUGGAGCGCAGAGUUCCACGGGCUCGGCCCUGGGGGGAAAGCUGUGGUCUCCUCGCUUGGGGGAGUCAAGAACAUGGAGGGGGU